AUGGAAAUCGAUCUCACGACUGAGCAUUACAGCAAACAGCUAGAACAGAAAGACGCCAUUUUGCAACCUGGUAUCUACAACACAGCUGUCGCACCCUUCAUUGACUGUGGUGGUAAUCAAAGCGACGCAACACGGUUGUUAUCCGAGUCCUAUGUUGGUAUUCCUUCCAUGGUCAAGGCUGCUGCUGAUUCGGCACAGUUGAUCGGCGUCGAUUGCCAAGCGAUUCUACGAGACACGAUAAAGCAGACCCUGUUGGAGAACUUUGAUCCAGAACGCGUUGAUGCAAAGCUGAUAACUGCAGAGGGUCCAGUGUCCAUGCCUUGGUUGGAUACUCUUGUCGAAGACGCUCAAUGGCGACGCACCAUUUACGAUUUACUUGACAAGCACCCUCGUUGUGAGUUUUUGAAUGUGGCUGUAAUGCGUAUGGCCGAAUCGGGUUACAAAGAUGAAGUUGCACGACUACGCACAUCAUCCAAUUACGUCAAGGUUUACAGCUUGAUCCUUGGAGACACCAUCAGCGAGAUCAUCAAGAAGGACGACAUCAAUGUGGAUGAAAGCAUAUCAGAUCUUGUGCGAGUGUGCUGUGAACAAGAGCAUUUUUAUUUGUAUGCGCAGGUGCUUUUGAGACGUUUAUAUGAAGACUUCGAGAGCCCAUCAUUUGCAAGGUUAUCAAAGGAGUUGGAAAAGGCUGCUACAUCCAGAGGAUAUGGCGAGUUAGUCGACAUUAUCAGAACAUGCGCAAACGACGUCCCUCCACAAUUGGCAAGUGCGUUGAAAUCAAUAAAGUCUUCGGGCCAACCCACACCUGGAGACCUUAUCACAAUAUACAACAUGUACAAGUCCAACGCUCCACCCAAUGUCAUUCACAUCCGCGAAUAUGACUUGAUCAUACUGCUAUUGAAGAUGCUAUUCGUCCCGAACCCAAAUGUACAUUUACGACCAGAGAUGGUGGACAAGAUGAUAUACAUUGUGAGCUAUGCGACAGUAUUCAAUCCUAGCCGAUCAUCACAGGAUCAAAUGGCAACAAUACAGGAUGCAUGCGACACCUUGCAAUCGCUUCAAAAAGAACUUCGUAGCAACCAAACUGGUGGCGACUUUACCCAAUCCAUGGGAGUUAUUCUGGAAAGCCUUCGGCUUCCUGUAGCAUCGAUGGCGGUGUUGCUAUGGAUAGAAUACCUCUCAACCAAGACGCCGUAUUAUGAGACAUAUUACCGAUCGGCAGAUAUACCACUUCCACACCAUUUAUUGGACGAGAUCGCUUAUCAACAUCCUCUUCAACGACCACAAGUCUUGGAGGUGAUUGAACACUGCCUAUCGCAUUCAUACGAAAACUUUGCACCUGAAAUUUUGCAAACAUUGCAAAAACGGUGGAUUGAGCGAUUGGUAUACUUGGUUCAACUACAAUACACCAUCCCAGUUUUCAAACUUGUCAAGCGUACGCUUUCGGAUGCAGACUAUAGUUUGACGGUGCAUUUUGUGACCUUGGUUCUCGAGUCGGCUGAUCCACCUUACAGCAUCGAAUUUAUCGAGAAUACCGUCGACAUUCUUUAUCCUAUUGCCGACACGAUUAGCAUUGUGAAAGGAUUCGACUCUGUGCUUCAAAAACUUGCAGAUUAUACUUUGAGUGAUACUGCUAAUGCCAGCAACGAGCUCAAGGACCGGGUAUCGUUCAUUAUGCACAAAUGUAGAUCGCGUAAGCGCCCAAUGUAG